CCAUCACUGUGUUUGGUUCCAAAGCUCUAGUUUCAAUUAAGGCGUGGAGAUGGAACAAGUCAUGUUUUUAAUGCAAUCCUCUUUUGUCCUUAUUCACUUUGUUUCGUUCCCCUUUAUAACCCCUUCUCUCUCUAAAACCCAAUAUAAAGUGAGUCCCCUUGUUUUCAGGCACUUGCAGAAAAGCUUCGAUCUUUAAAUAUCCUUCUUCUCCAACCACAACCCUUCGCCAUGGCCGUUUCUCAUCCAUCCUUUGUUCUCUUCUUGCUUCUCUCUCUCCUCUCCAAUGUCUCUUUCGCUGUCCGAAACGCCGCAAACUCCACGAUGGUCGUCGUCACUCCUCCUCCGCCGCCUCCGCCGCGACCGAGCUUCUCUCCGUUGAAACCCAGCAUCGCCGUCCUCGUUGGAUUGCUCACCACCGUUUUCUCCGUCACGUUCUUGCUGCUUCUCUAUGUCAAACACUGCAAACACCGUAACGGCGCCGUUUACGUCCAACAUAACCACCGCCGGUUCGACGGGAGGAAGAACUCCGGUAUAGAACGAACCGUCAUCGAGUCUUUACCGGUUUUCCGGUUCGGAGCUCUGACCGGAGACAAGGAAGGGCUGGAGUGCGCCGUCUGUCUUGCUCGGUUCGAGCCCACCGAAGUCCUCAGACUCCUGCCCAAAUGUCAGCAUGCCUUCCACGUGGAGUGUGUCGACACGUGGCUCGACGCUCACUCCACUUGCCCGCUUUGCCGCUACCGGGUCGACCCGGAAGAUAUCCUCUUGAUCGGCGACUGCAAUCCCUGGUUCGAGAUCCGGUUAUCUCACCGCGAAGAAGACGACCAUAUCUCUAUGAACAGUACUGAUACCGGGUCGGAGCGACCGCAACCGGGUCGGUUAGACACGGCUUUCUGGGUUCGGCGGAUCUCGGGUCGGCAUUCAUCGGCGGGUGAGCAAGCGAGUCGGGUCAACGAGUCGGGUAAUCAUCGGACAUCGUCAUCUAGGAGGUCGUUGGAUAGCUCUCUGAGAAAUAACAAUGGCGUCAACGCCGUGAAGGUGGGAUGCUUCGACCGUACCCAGAGAAAAGACGGGCAGUUACUCCACGACGGCGCCAUUGCCGACCGGAAAAGCUUCGAGCGGCGGUUUGAGCACCGGGUAGUCAUCUCCGCCGCCGGCGGGACACAUCAACAGCAGAGGGAUCAGAGAUGGAGCGACGUGGCGAGGCCAUCGGAUCUACUGUUCCUGAGGUCGGAGAUGAUACAGAGCGAGAGCAGGCUACCGGAAGGAGGGGGAGGAGUGGGUGGCAGAGCUGUAAAUAAGGGGAGAAGUGCGUCGGAAAUAACAAGCGAGGAGAGGUUAUGGAGGAAAGAGAGCGACAACGACAGCCAUCGGCAUAGACGACAACGACAAGCCUCCGCAGUUGUUUCGAGGUGGCUCGCCUGGGCUGUACGGCCCCACCCCCACACCGUUUCGAUCUUCCCUUGAAUUAAUAUUUUUUUUAUUUAAAUAAAAUCAAAAACAACAAAUUACAGAUUUUAUUACAAAUAAUAAGAGCUGUGGAUUGAGUUGGGUAUUCAAAAUUUUGGAUUAUGGCCCAGACGAGGGCAAGGGCGAAAGAGAGUAAAUUUUAAUUUCACCCAUCUGUAGAUUAUUUGAAUUUACUCGAAGUUCGAAUGUUUUGCUUUUGGCUCUCUGAUCGGAUUAUUUUUGUUUA